CCGCGACUUAAACAGGGUGUUAAUGCAGAGAGUUAUUUUCUCUCUGUGCCGUUUAGUUAAAACAUGGUUUGGAUCAAGGAAUUAAAAAAAAGAGAGACAGAGAGUGUGUUAUGAAAUUAGCCACGCCCCCACAGCACCGUGUGCACUCUUUGUGUGUGUGUGUGUGAGAGUGAGCGCUUGAUAGUAGAGGGAGAAGCUGUGCUGCAGGCUGGCUGUGGAUCAUGGCUCUGAACUUCAGUAAUUGCGCCUCUGUGCUGAUUACAGGGGCGAGCCGAGGCUUAGGGCUGCAGAUGAUUAAGCAGCUGGUCAGAUCUGCAGAGAGACCGGGCAAGAUCAUCGCAACUGCACGGAACCCAGCUGCAGCUCAGGAGCUGAGGCAGAUUGCAGAGUCUCACACAGGCAUUCAUGUCAUACCUUUAGAUGUGGUCAAUGAGGCCAGUAUUGACACUGCUGUCAAAGAAGUGGCCACCAUAGUGGGUGCUGGUGGUCUCAACUGUUUAAUUAAUAACGCUGCAAUCCACAUCAAUUCUGACCUAAACUCAGUGACCAGAGAUGCCAUGAUGAAAACCUUCGAGAGCAACACUGUCGCUCCUCUGUUUGUGACCAAGGCAUUUCUGCCACUGUUAAAGACCGCUGCAGUGGCUGGUGAAGGUGGAGGGAUGGGGAUUCACAAGUCAGCUGUGGUUAACAUAUCCUCUUCUUUAGGCUCCAUCCAGCUCAAUUGGGGCGAGGGAGCUUUCUUUAAAAGUUAUGCUUACAGGGCCUCUAAGUCUGGUCUGAACAUGGUGACUCGAUGCCUGGCGACUGACCUGGAGUCUGAUGGAAUUCUGUGCACCGUGCUUCAUCCAGGCUGGGUUCGCACUGAUAUGGGAGGCCCUGAUGCUCCUUUAAGUGCAGAAGAGAGCAUUUCGUCUUUGUUGUCCAUCAUUUCUGGACUGACUGACAAGGACCACGGGGAAUUUUUGGAUUACACUGGAAAAAAAAUACCAUGGUGAUCCCAACUUUGUCUAAAUUCACAAAAUGUGUGGGUGUUCACAUCAAGGACAGCUAUUGCUACUGGCCUAUAAAUUAUCUGCAUUAAGUCGUUAUUCUUCCUGAUACAAACAUCAGUCUGUAAAUGGUGUGACAAAUACAAUAUAGCCAUAGCUCUAAAACUACUUGGCCAAAGUUAUGUAUGUUUCUGCUCCAUAAGACCUCUUAAAGCAUCUCACUCCUCUGUGAGCAUCAGAGAUGCUUGGGCACCUAUGACCCUGUUCUGCCUUACUGCAUAACAGGAACACUCCAAAAAUAUGCAGCCUGAUGGGGGAGGUUUUGUGCUCAAAUAGACCUCAGUGGCUUUAAUGUUGUGGCUGAUAGAAUUCUAAUUUUAAAAGGGAUAUAGUUAUGAUUGGAUUGAGUCUCGAAUGUUUGGUCUAAUCUGUUAUAUUAUCUAUAUACAAGUCUCUGUUUAUAUACUUAAUUAUUACCUGCAUAUUACAGAUCUGUCCUUAUUUUGCAAUGAUGCAUUAAAGUCAGUGUAAAACUGA